GCUCAUUUGACAUUUCAGAAAUUUACACAAUGACUGGUUGGGCAGAUGAGUUAUAACACACUUUUAUGAGUAAUUCAGUAAAAAUGUAGACUUAUGAAACAGCGAAAGAAACACAAGACACAAAGUAAGUUGUUUUCUUAAAUAAAAUUUACCCCCUUAAACACUUACUUGGAAAUAUUUCAAGUAUACAUAAAAGUACUACAGUCCAAUACACAUGUACUCUCCAGUACCCUACACUUAUCUUUUGCCAUAUAUUCUGAGAUUACUUUUGGAAGAAAAUAAAACAUUACAGAUACAAGUGAACCUUUCCUGUUAUAUUCUCUUCUCUUCCUUUCUGGAAGUAACCAUCAUUCUGAAUUUGGUAUGCAUCAUUUCCUUAUAUGAUUUUUACAGUUUGAUCACACAUUUUUAUUUUUAAACUUUUACUUAUGGUAUACCAUAGACAUCUUUCUGCAAUGUGCUUUUCAUCUAUAUUAUGUUAAUGAACUUUAUCCAUACUAAGAAUGGUAGCUUUAUUCAUUGAUUUUCACUGUUCAGUAUUCCGUGUGUUUAUUUGCUCAACCAUGUAACUUAUUCAUCCAUUUUCCUAUUAGUAAACAUUUAUUUCACUAAUAUAAGCUAUACUGCUCUGAACAUUUUUUGCACGUGCUCCUAACUUUGCUGUAUACUGUAAUUCCUCAAUAUGCAGUUUUAACAGGAAAAACAACACAUGUGCACGAAGUAUGCAGCAAAGAGAGCCAUCAGUUUCAAGAAACGUACAAAAGACUGGGUUAUCCGAGUAAAGGCGUUCACUAGAAAGCAUCUGGGGAAGGUUCCAACGACAAAGCGACAUUCAUCGCUAUAGUACACGAUCGCAGAAUCUUAGCCUUUCUUUACUCUUUAAUUGCUUUAACUGUUACCCAAGUUUCAAGUGUCCAUCCAUUCAUUUCGUCAACUAGAGAGCACCAAGCGGAUAGAACCGGGCAUCAAUAAGGUGAGCCUACGUGAACGUGACCGUAGAGAUGGCAGUGCUGCCUGCAGCAGCCGACCUCUUGGCUGUGCCAGGCCACCAAAGUGACAGCACGAGGAGCGUCGGGGCAACUGAAGUCUAACGUCACUUUUCAUCCCGAAGCCGAGGAAACAGGGAUGGACCAGGGCGUAGACACCUGCCUCCAAGUACCUCCACACUUUCACUCACAAAGCCUCCAGGUCAGUAGUUAUAAGCCCAGGCGGGAACGCGGCCCCCACCCUGAGGCAGUUUCCCAGUCUAGCUUUUCCAGCAGUGCCCCUUCGCCUUACGCCAAUUCCGUAAGGAGGCGCUGAGGCCAACCCGGCGGCUCCCGCAGCUCCAAAACCUGACGGGAAACUGCGCGGGGCGGCACUGACGGCGGCCAUCUUUAAUUCGGGCAUGACCGCACCCUGGCAGCCCACCGACCACUCCCUCGGCGUCCUCAGGUUUUCGCCGACAAAUGUAAUGCGGUUAACCUUACAAGCAGUGUUGACCGAACAUGCAAAAAGGCGCGACUAUCCAUGACCUCAAGGUGCUAAAUCCGGUCAAUUUUAAUAUGGCGCUAAACCUGAGUACCAAAAUGUUGCUGACGCCCAUGAAGUCAUGCUCGACACCGAGCGCAGCAGUCGGGCAGAGGAGGGGGUACUCUCGCGAGAUCCAAGGCAGCCUCUGCGGGGCCCGGAAGCCUUGUCUGAGGGGCGGGGGCGGAGGAGGGAGCGGGAGUCCGGCGAGAGCCAGUGGAGGAGUUUGCCUGCUGUCGCGUGCGUAAGCAGGUCAGCGACGCCGGGCGGCUGCGUCGCGGAAUCGGCGUAGGCGGCUUUGGAGAAUCGGCGGGCUGCGCCGCGCCGGGGCUGGUCGCGGGGGGGAGGGGAUGUCGGUCAGUGCGAGAUCCGCUGCUGCUGAGGAGAGGAGCGUCAACAGCAGCACCAUGGGUGAAUCUGGAUUGGGAAAGUCGACGUUAAUCAACUCAUUAUUCCUCACAGAUUUGUAUUCUCCAGAGUAUCCUGGUCCUUCCCAUAGAAUUAAAAAGACUGUACAGGUGGAACAGUCCAAAGUUUUAAUCAAAGAAGGUGGUGUUCAGUUGCUGCUCACAAUAGUUGAUACCCCAGGAUUUGGAGAUGCCGUGGAUAAUAGUAAUUGCUGGCAGCCUGUUAUCGACUACAUCGAUAGUAAAUUUGAGGACUACCUAAAUGCAGAAUCUCGAGUAAACAGACGUCAGAUGCCUGAUAGCAGGGUGCAGUGUUGUUUAUACUUCAUAGCUCCUUCUGGACAUGGACUUAAACCAUUGGAUAUUGAGUUUAUGAAGCGUUUGCAUGAAAAAGUGAAUAUCAUUCCACUUAUUGCCAAAGCAGACACGCUCACACCAGAGGAAUGCCAACAGUUUAAAAAACAGAUAAUGAAAGAAAUCCAGGAACAUAAAAUUAAAAUAUAUGAAUUUCCAGAAACAGAUGAUGAAGAAGAAAAUAAGCUUGUUAAAAAGAUAAAGGACCGUUUACCUCUUGCAGUGGUAGGUAGUAAUACUAUCAUUGAAGUUAAUGGCAAAAGGGUCAGAGGACGGCAGUAUCCUUGGGGUGUUGCUGAAGUUGAAAAUGGUGAACAUUGUGAUUUCACAAUUCUAAGAAAUAUGUUGAUAAGAACACAUAUGCAGGAUUUGAAAGAUGUUACUAAUAAUGUACACUAUGAGAACUACAGAAGCAGAAAACUGGCAGCUGUGACUUAUAAUGGAGUUGAUAACAACAAGAAUAAAGGGCAGCUUACCAAGAGCCCUCUGGCACAAAUGGAAGAAGAAAGAAGGGAACAUGUAGCUAAGAUGAAGAAAAUGGAAAUGGAGAUGGAGCAGGUGUUUGAGAUGAAGGUCAAAGAAAAAGUUCAGAAACUGAAGGACUCUGAAGCUGAGCUUCAGCGGCGCCAUGAGCAAAUGAAAAAGAAUUUGGAAGCACAGCACAAAGAAUUAGAGGAAAAACGUCGUCAGUUUGAGGAUGAGAAAGCAAACUGGGAAGCUCAGCAACGUAUUUUAGAACAACAGAACUCUUCAAGAACCUUGGAAAAGAACAAGAAGAAAGGGAAGAUCUUUUAAAUUCUCUAUUCACCACCAGUUAACGUAUUAGUUGCCAAUAUGCCAGCUUGGACAUCAGUGUUUGUUGGAUCCGUUUGACCAAUUUGCACCAGUUUUAUCCAUAAUGAUGGAUUUAACAGCAUGACAAAAAUUAUUUUUUUGUUGUUGUUCUUGAUGGAGAUUAAGAUGCCUUGAAUUGUCUAGGGUGUUGUGUACUUAGAAAGUAACACCUCUAAGUACCUUUCCUACAUAUUCUUUUCCUUUUUUUAUUAAACAGAUAUCUUCAAUUUAAUGCAAGAGAACAUUUUACUGUUGUACAAUCAUGUUCUGGUGGUUUGAUUGUUUACAGGAUAUUCCAAAAUAAAAGGACUCUGGAAGGUUUUCGUUGAGGAUAAAUUGCCAUAAUAUGAUGCAAACUAUGCUUCUCUAUGAUAAUUAUAAUACAAAGGUUCCAUUCAGUGCAGCAUAUACAAUAAUGUAAUUUAGUCUAACACAGUUGACCCUAUUUUUGACACUUCCAUUGUUUAAAAAUACACAUGGAAAAAAAACCCUAUAUGCUUACAGUGCACCUAGAGCUUUUUUAUAACAACCAUUUUUUGUUUGUUUGUUUGUUGUUUGUUUUUGGAUACUUUAAAUAUAUAUUAUUCUCAUUUAGUGCCCUCUUUAGCCAGAAUCUCAUUACUGCUUCAUUUUUUUGUAAUAACAUUUAAUUUAGAUAUUUUCCAUAUAUUGGCCCUGCUAAAAUAGAAUAUAGCAUCUUUCAUAUGGUAGGAACCAACAAGGAAACUUUCCUUUAACUCCCUUUUUACACUUUAUGGUAAGUAGCAGGGGGAAAAAUGCAUUUAUAGAUCAUUUCUAGGCAAAAUUGUGAAGCUAACGACCAACCUGUUUCUACCUAUAUGCCGUCUCUUUAUUUUACUAGAAAUGGGAAUCAUGGCCUCUUGAAGAGAAAAAAAGUCACCAUUCUGCAUUUAGCUGUAUUCAUAUAUUGCAUUUCUGUAUUUUUUGUUUGUAUUGUAAAAAAUUCACAUAAUAAACAAUGUUGUGAUGUAAAA